UGCAAGCUUUGUGGAAAAGUGAUGUCGGGAGGUGUGACUAGGAUGAAGCAACACAUUGCUCAGAUCAAAGGGUCAAUGACAAGUUGUAUGCAAGCCACACUAGAACAGCAAGCUCGGUGUAAGGAUGCAUAUGAGGCGCCAAAGAAGAAGAAGAAGCAAAAGCUACAGGAAGAAAAUGAAGUAAGAGCCUUGGUGACCAUAGAGGCCAAUGAGGAAGAUCAAGCAGAGCUUAAUGAAGUUGGCAACAGUGACCCAAAGAAGGGGCCUAUGGAUCAAUAUCUUGCUCCAAUUGACCCGUCGAUCCCAUUGAACAUGAAAAGGUUUCAACGGAAUAUAAAUGAUAGUGUUGAUAAGGAGAGAAGCUAUAGAGUAGGGCAAUAUUUGGCUAGAUGGCUGUACAAGAAAAAUGUACCCUUCAAUGCUAUCAACGAUGAUGACUUCAAACAAUUUUGUGAGGCUCUUGGUCGUUAUGGUCCAAAUUGGAGGCAACCUUCACAAUAUAUGAUUCGAGAUAAGAUGUUGUUGCAGGAGGUUGAAAGGACCAAAGAUUUGUUGAAGCCACAUGAUGUUGAGAGGGCAGAUACGGGGUGCUCUAUCAUGACUGAUGCUUGGACAUACAAGAAAAGAAGGAGCAUCAUGAACUUGUGUGUGCAUUGCAAGUUAGGAACAAUCUUUCUUGGAUCGAAGGAGGCGUCGGCUGAUGCACACACAAGUCAAUACAUCUUCGAUUAUGUAGAUGAGUGCAUUGAGAAAAUUGGGGCUGAUAAUGUUGUUCAAGUGGUCACGGAUAAUGCAUCAAACAAUAUGGGAGCUAAGGGGAUGUUGAAAAUUAAAAGGCCCAAGAUAUUUUGGACCUCAUGUGCAACUCAUACAAUUAACUUGAUGGUCGAAGCAAUUGGCAAGUUGAAGCAUUUUGGUCCUGCAAUAACCAAAGCCAAGGAGAUGACAAUUUUCCUUUAUGCUCAUCAUGCCACAUUGGCAUUGAUGAGAUCUUAUACAAAGAAGAGGGACAUUGUUAGGCCGGGAGUGACCAGAUUUGCUUCGGCAUUUCUUACAUUGCAAAGUCUCGCUGCUAAGAGGAAGCAACUAACGGAGAUGUGCUAUAGUGACACUUGGGAAGAAUGCAAGCACACCAGAACAAAGAAAGGAAAGGUGGCUCACGCCACAAUAAUGAGUAGGGCAUUCUGGAAAAAUGUGUCUCUUUGCAUCAAGGUUUUUGAGCCAUUGGUGAAGUUACUUCGGUUGGCUGAUAGUGAUGGGCAGUCCAUGGCCUCUAUGUAUGGACAAAUAAUAGAGACAAAGAAGGCAAUAGUGCUUGCGGUUGAAGGUUCGGAGAAGGAUUACAAGGUAAUCACAACAGCCAUGGAGAGCAAGAUGGAUGGGAGGCUAGAUACCAAGUUGCACAUGGCAACAUAUGCCUUGAAUCCCUAUUAUAGUUAUACUACCACAAGUAUCUUCACCGAUGUAGAAGUCAUGUCCGGGUUGAUGGAUGUUAUUGAACAAUUUUAUCAUGAUGAUGAUGACGCACAAAAUAAUGCCCUUAACAUAGACUUGCCUAAGUUUAAAAACAAGGCAUGUUUGGGAAGGUGGCUGCCACAAAAGCAAUUACCAAUGGCAAUUACAAUGCUGGGGAGUGGUGGGCAACUUAUGGACUGCAAACUCCUACAUUGAUGCACAUGGCUUUGAGGAUACUCAACUUAACCACAAGUUCAUCUAGGUGUGAAAGAAAUUGGAGCGUUUUUGAACAAGUUGAUGCAAAGAGGAGAAAUAAAUUAGAUGUGCGUCGUAGGGACGAUCUAGUUUAUAUUCAAUUCAAUGGAAGAUUUCUAGACAAGAGAAAGAAAUACUCCUCAUCUUGUGAUGUUCUCCUUGGUGAAGAUGCUUCCACAACCCAAGAUUGGAUAUGUGACGAUGCUUACGAUGAUGAAGAGAUGGGAACUACCGGAGUUGACAAUACAACAGAGCCUCGUAGAAGUCUAAGGGUGAGAGAGCUCCAUGAAGUGGAAGACUUUGUUUCCGACAAUGAAGAUGACACUGUGCCUAUCAAUGAAGAUGAGAUUGAGUUUGAUUCUGAUGAUGACAUGGUUGGGGGCAUAGAAGAAAAUGAUGAGGAAGACCUGAUGCAGCCUUGAACCCUAGGCCUUUUAACAAUCUCAUUCCUAGUACUGUGUGUUGCUUGCUAGAAGCCUACGGCCUUAUUUUGGUUGUGACUUGUGACUUAUGAGAGAACUACCUUAUUUUGGUUGAUUGGUGUUUGGCUGUUUGCAAGCAAAGUAGUAACUAGUGAGUAAGAGACUAAGAGUGUAAGACUGUAAGACUAAGAACUAAGCUUAUUUGUGUAUUCUGGACUUGUUGUGCUGCCUAUCCAGUAUCCAAGUUAAUUUGUGGACUA